AUGUCAGCCGGGGACAAGAACGGGGGCAGCCGCUCCAGCAGCAGCCGCUUGCAGAGCAAGAAGCCCCCCAACCUCUCCAUCAUCAUCCCCCCCCGUGAGGCAGAGGAGGAUGGUGCCUGCAAGGAGCCCUCCAAGGUCCCCAUCUAUAGAAAGAGCAAGAGUCUGCAGGAGCCCCGCUCGAAGGGAUGCGAUGGCUUGGAGCACCGGCCUGGCUUCCGGCGGCAGACUUCCCUAUCUCAGAGCAUCCGAAAGGGCACGGCGCAGUGGUUUGGUGUCAGCAGUGACUGGGAGGGGAAGCGGCAGCAGUGGCAACGCAAGAGCUUACAGCACUGCAGCAUGAGGUACGGCAAGCUGAAGCCUGCCUACCGCGACAUGGAGCUGCCCAGCCAGGAGGUGCCCUCCUUCCAAGCCACCGAGUCACCCAAGCCCUCCAAGAUGCCCAAGAUCGUGGACCCGCUGGCCAGGGGCCGUCCCUUCCGCCACCCCGAUGAGACCGACCGUCCCCACACACCUCACCAUGUCCUGCCCCCGCUCACCCCCGGUGUUGUCUCCUUGGCCUCCUUCAACAGCAUCCGCUCGGGCUACAGCCGCCUGCCACGCAGGAAGAGAGAGUCCGUUGCCCACAUGAGCUUCAAGGCAGCCGCAGCCCUUCUCCGCGGACGUUCUGUCCUGGAGCCACUGGCUCCCAAGCAGAGGAACAACAAGAGGAGCUUCAUGUACCCCAGCUUCAUGGAUGAGGACAUGGUGGAUGCUGCCGAUACCCUGGACUCAUCCUUCUUCAGUAAGAUGGACAUACAUGAUGAGACGUACUCCAUGCCCGAUGAUGUGUUUGAGUCGCCACCUCUAUCGGCCACCUAUUUACGGAUGCACCCCGUGGGGGAGGAUGCCAGGGUGUCCCCCGAGGUGGAGCAGCCCACCCUGCGGGAGGGUGCCCGGCUACCAUCGGCUGGUGCUGGCCCAGCUCCACGGCGAGGCAGGCGCAUUGCUUCCAAAGUGAAGCACUUUGCCUUUGACCGCAAGAAGCGCUACUACGGGCUGGGGGUGGUGGGGAAGUGGCUCAACAGGACGUACCGGCGCAGCCUGAGCAGCAUCGUGCAGUCACAGCUGGAGAUCACCGACAGCCACCGGCCGUAUUUCACCUACUGGAUCACCUUUGUCCACAUCCUUAUCACCUUGCUGGUCAUUGGUACCUAUGGCAUUGCUCCCAUUGGCUUCACCCAGCACAUGACGACAGAGUUA